AUGGCCAAGAAGGUCAACGGCAUCCUGGCUUGUAUCAGCAAUAGCGCGGCAGCAGGGCCAGGGAAGCCAUCGUCCCCCUGUGCUGGUGGGUCCCGUGCCGAUGCCCCGGGCGGAGCCCUCGUGCGCUGCCGCAUCACAAUCACCCUGCACUUAAAGGGCGCCCCCCCGCAGCCCCACAUCACCACUUGCAGUGAUGAAGCGCAAAUCACGGCGCCGCAAGGCCCCGUGUCCAGCAGCGCUGCCAGGAGGAGAACGAGCCUCCUGUGCGCCUCCCAGUGCAAGAGGCAGCGGGACGGCCCUGGUGAGGAAGUGUGCGGGUUCUGCCGGCGGGCCGAUUGCAACCCCGAGGUGGUGGGACAGCUUUGCCGUCAGGGUGGUUUCUGCGUGCAUGAAAAUUGCCUGUACCACGCCGGCAGGCUGCAACAGAGAGGGGCCGAUGAAGAGGGCUUCUACGGCUUCCUCUUCCCUGACAUCAAGGAGGAGCUGAAGCGGGUGGCACAGAAGAGGUGCUGCAUAUGCCGCCAGCCGGGCGCCUCGGUCACCUGCAGAGCCCGGCGCUGUCCCCGCACCUUCCACUACCCCUGCGGCAGCGAGCGGGGCUGCAUCUCCCAGUUCUUUGGGGAGUACAAGUCCUUCUGCUGGAAGCACCGGCCGCUGCAGCGGGUGCGGGCGGUGCAGCAGGAGCAGAGCCUGUGCCUCAUCUGCCAGGAGGCGGUGGCGGAGCGGCCGUGCUAUGACACCCUGGUCUGUCCCACCUGCACCAGCGCCUGGUUCCACCGCCACUGUAUUCAGGGCCAGGCGCUGCGCUCUGCCCUGCACUACUUCCGCUGCCCUCUCUGCAGUGACAAGGACACCUUCCAAAAAGAGAUGUUCCGCCUGGGCAUCAAAAUCCCGGACAGGGAUGCUGCCUGGGAGGCGAAUGGAGCCUUUGCCAGCCUUUAUGAGCGGCACAGAUCCUGCGACACCAGCCAGUGCCUGUGCCCCGCGGGACGGGAGGAGGCAGAGGAGAAUGGGCCCUGGCGACUGCUGCUCUGCCACUCCUGUGGCUCCAGAGGGACCCACCGGCGCUGCUCCAACCUGGGAGAGGAGGUGGAUUCCUGGGAAUGCUGUGACUGCAGCGACACGGGCACUGUGCCCGCCUUGCUGCCAGGCCAGGUGCUGGACCCACUGGCACAGGGACCCUCACACAGUGUCCCAGCUCCUGACACCUCACCUGGGGACGAAGAGGCUGGGAUCCCGCGGCGCCCCGACGUUGCAGAGGGCUAG